CUUAGACAUGGUCAAUCUGCUAUUGGGCGUAGACGGGGUAUCUGUACAUCCUGUCGACAGAAAUCGCUCGAUAAUAGCCGAUGUCUCCAGCGUGGACAUUGCCCGGGUGUUGCUUGCGCGACCCGAUAUUCAACCUGAUUGGAAAGAUGAUCGUCUGAUGACGCCGCUCUCUCAUGCCACGCAGGAAGGAUGAUCGGACGUUAUAGCCUUGCUGAUACAUCGUGAUGACAUCGACGUAAACUCGAGGGACUUCUCCGGUAUGACGCCAUUGGCGCAUGCGGUUAUCUCCAAAAGAAUGGAUGCCGUCAAAGUCCUGCUAGUGCACAAUCGAGUGGAUCCUGACGUCCGUGAUAACUUCGGUCGGACAAUAUUAUCUCAGGUUAUCGUUGCCAGUGAUUACUUCCAGGACCCAUAUCCGUCGUCUUCUUUAGAAGGGGCUCGUGAGGAGAUCUCAGCAGUGUUGCUGAGAAGCGACGUGAAUGUCAAUGCACAAGAUAUGUAUGGCACAACACCAUUGUCAUUCGCAGCCCAAAGUGGUCGUCUAGCAAUAGCGAAGAUGAUAUUGGAUGUCGAUGAUGCCAGUGUUGAUAUCAAUGAUCAGGAUGGCAGGGCCCCACUUUCGUAUGCAGUUCAAUAUGGCCACGCUGACAUUGUACAGCUUCUGUUAGGCCGGAACGGUACGGAUCACGUCGGCCCAUUGCUUGUCUACGCUGCACUCAAUAAGCACCUGGGUAUCAUGGAAGUUUUAUUACGACAAAACAAUGUAGCCAUCAAUUACCAAAAAGUAGACGACGUUCCGUUUCUUCAUUUCGUUGCUCGCCUUUGGCUCGUGGAUGUCUAUGAUUUGAUACUAGAUGUCUGCGGGGAGAGCGUGGACGUGAACGUCAAGGACAGCGAAGGCAAGACCUUGUUUUCGCAUGCAGUCCAAUAUUGCUACAAUCAUAUGGUGCAUCGUUUACUCGACCGGAAGGACAUACAGGCCGAUAUCAAGGAUAACAGAGGCUGGACACCUCUAUUUUAUGCCAUGACAAAUAAAGACAUCACGCAUAUAAAGGCGUAUCGAAACUCUGCGGAUAUGGAACCCCGGACCGUCCCCGUCGUUGACCCAUUUCCUUUUGGCGACCCCUGGCAAACACUGAUACCCCCACAGUCUAGCAUCGACCUACACCUCGAGAUCGUUCGUCUUCUACUCGGCCGAAGUGAUGUGUCCCCCAACGUUGUGGAUGAGGCUGGCCAUACGCCAAUAUACUACGCCAUCCAGCAUAAUGAUAUUGAUGUUGUGAAUGUUUUCUUGGAGCAAGGCAUCGUGGACACAAAUACCCUAAUUUCCAUUGCCAUUCCGGACUUUAUUGGUGGGGACGGAGACGUUAAUCUGAAGGACGGCGAUGGCAGGACCCUGUUUUCCUAUGCAGCGGAGCGAGGAAGUCCCGCUGUGGAUCUUCUUCUGCAGUGCGCCGACUUAGAUAUUAAUUCACAGGAUAAGAAGGGACGAACACCGCUGUCCUAUGCUGCAGAGAACGGGCGUAUGCGGAUUGUCAAAAGUAUUUUGAAAAGGAAGGACGUAGACGUAAAUCUCAGUGAUUCGAACGGGGUCACACCUUUGGGUUAUACUGAAAGGGCUGAAGCAUUGGGGGUGUGGAUGCAUGAUAUUCCUAGCAGAAUUGCCCAUAUGCUGAGGAUGUACGGGUGUGCUGACAGCACAGAAGUGCGUACGCCCGAUGACAUUCCCUCAUCAUCAUAAUAUUACCCGACAUGGAUAUCUCCAUAAUCCCCCUCACUUGAGUAUACACAAGCCGAGCCUGAGCGCUGAGCCUCGGUGUGAAGUACAUACUUACUACAUAGGCUACGAUUGUAACGCAUUACACCCUCUUUUUAUGGUGAACUCGAAUUGCUAUGGUGUAAGUAAUUCUGGGAACGUCGUGGAAAGUUGAGAACUACUACAUUCCAACUAUGUUUCAGAACAAGCCUCUAUAAGGAUGCCUUUCCUUACUCAUUGAUUGCGAUGUCCAAUUUCCUUUUCAUUCAGCAUCCACAGGUCGGUAAAAAGUGAAAGAGAAGUGAUUUAAAG